AGACUAAGUGGGCCAUCAUCUCCUUUUAUUUCUCUCUCCUCUCUCAUUCAUUCUGUCUCUCCCAUCCCAAGUUUAACUUUUCAGCACCUGCUCACGUCCUUCCGUUCAAUCUCUCCUUUUUCUUUAACUUCCUUCUGCGGCGUGGAAUGGGCAAUUGUUGCUCCGACGUCGCCGGCGGUCGUUCUGCAGUUGGCGGCACUGCUUCCCGUGCUAAUCCAUCUGAGGCGCCAAACGAUGCCGUCAAUUACUUACUAAACGCCCGUGGUUAUCGUGGUCUUUUCUCUCAGAUCGAGCUAGCAUUGUCUGCUUCCAACUUACGCGAUCGAGAUGUGCUUUCUAAGAGUGACCCUAUGGCAGUUAUAUACAUGAAAGGGAAAGAUGGAAAACUUCAAGAGAUUGGGCGAACUGAAGUAGCAUUAAAUACUUUGAACCCAAACUGGAUAGUGAAGCAAACAAUUAUGUACCAUUUUGAGGUGUUGCAGACGUUGGUGUUUCGGUUGUAUGAUGUAGACACCCAGUUUCACGGUCUAGAUGUAAAGACACUUAAGCUGGACGAGCAACAGUUUCUUGGAGAGGCUACCUGUGCGUUGUCUAAGAUAUGUACCAAAAGCAACAAGACUUUGACCUUGGAUCUUAAUCAUAAAGAUGGAGCUAUUGGGUUGAAUCAGCCCAAGAGGAACUCUGGCACACUAACUAUCUAUGCCGAAGAAUGUAUCAGCUCCAAGACUACAACAGAGUUGAUAUUUAGGUGUUCAGAUUUGGAAAAUAAAGAUCUAUUCUCAAGAAGUGAUCCUUUUUUGGUUAUAUCAAAAAUUGUGGAGGCCGGAAUUACUGUUCCAAUAUGUAAAACAGAGGUCUUGAAGAAUGACCUUUUCCCAACAUGGAAACCUGUAUUUCUAAAUAUUCAACAAGUUGGAAGCAAGGAAAGUCCCCUACUGAUAGAGUGUUUCAAUUUCAAUAGCAAUGGAAAACACGACUCUCUUGGAAAAGUUCAGAAAUCAUUAGCAGACUUAGAAAAGCUUCAUUCUGUAGGACAGGGGGAGCACUUACUAUCGGCGGCUGCUGCAGGGCAUUCUCAACAGAGCAAGGUGUUAAAAGGCCAAUUAUUUGUGGACAAGUUCUUUGAAAGUGCCCAACACACAUUCCUUGAUUAUUUGGCUGGGGGAUGUCAACUGAACUUUAUGGUUUCAAUUGAUUUUACAGCUUCAAAUGGAAAUCCACGUCUUCCUGAUUCCUUGCACUAUAUUGAUCCUUCAGGGAGACCAAAUGCAUACCAGAGGGCUAUCUUAGAGGUAGGGGAGGUACUACAAUUCUAUGAUUCAGAUCAGCGUUUUCCAUCAUGGGGUUUUGGAGCACGACCGAUUGAUGGCCCUGUAUCUCAUUGUUUUAACUUGAAUGGGAGCCAAAGUAACUGUGAGGUUGAAGGAUUACAAGGAAUUAUGAAUGCAUAUACAAGUGCGUUGUUUAAUGUUUCACUUGCUGGACCGACUCUUUUUGGGCCCAUCAUUAAUACUGCUGCACAAAUAGCUGGCCAAUCUCUUGCGGAAAAUGGACAGAAGUACUUUGUUUUGCUCAUAAUCACAGACGGUGUUAUAACAGAUCUUCAAGAAACUAAAGAUGCCAUAGUAAAUGCAUCGGACCUGCCAUUGUCGAUUCUUAUAGUUGGUGUUGGAGGAGCAGAUUUUAAGGAAAUGGAGAUUCUGGAUGCAGACAAAGGAGAAAGACUUGAAACUUUUGGUGGGCGAGUUGCAUCACGAGAUAUUGUCCAAUUUGUUCCAUUUCGAGAUGUGCAUAAUGGAGAGAUUCCUGUGAUUCAAGCCCUGUUAGCAGAGCUACCUUCUCAAUUCUUAAGCUACAUGAGGGCAAGAAAUAUCGUACCAAAUGUCUGAGUUUCGAUUAAAAAUUCCCAUUAUAAAUAUAUAUUACAUGGAGGAAUGGGAUCCUAGUCUUUUUAUAUCAAUCUAGAUGAUGUGGGUAUGAUAAUGAUGCACAGAAGAAGAAAGAUCCACUUCUGCAAAAAAAAUAAAAAAUAAAAUGAACGUUGCUAGCAGAAAUUUCUCUUGAUUUUUCACUAUCCUUCCACGAAAUGAACUCCCAUCCAUGUCUACUACUGCGAACAAGCCCGCCUUUGGGUCAAAAUGAAAGCUUUUAUGAAGGUGGGGAUAUAUUUGAUUGGUGAAAAUGCUCAAGUUUUUUUCUUUGUUUAUUUUUCUCAUUUGACUGAAAUUGAGAUAGACCAUAUUUGUGUAUUCCAUCUAACUCUGUAAAAUUUUCAAUCCUUCUGUUAUUAUUAUUAUUAUGCAUUAUUUUUCUUUU